UACAAUUUUACAUGUUUGCUUCGUUAAGGUCGCGUAAAUAUUUUUUUCAGGAUUGGAUAAUUUUUUAAAUGUUAUAUUAGAUAAUGUUGCAGAUUAAGUCUUUAUCCUUUAUGAUAUUUGUUUUGUCGUAUUGAUUCUAAUCAAGAUCAAAAAUUUACUUAGAAAUUAUUUUACUGACUUGUGAACUUACAAUGAAUAAUAUUAAAAGUAAAUUGACUAAUUAUGAUAGUCCAUGCGAUUCGGAUAAUGAUUGGACUAAUUCUUCUGAUGAUUCAAAAUAUUCGGAUUCUGAAAGUUCUGUACCGGAGUGGGAUUCUGAUGUAUGUGAAGAUGGUGAACUUGUUUACAUUAAAACAAAAGUAAUUGAAACAGACAAUGCAUUCAAAUCAGCCCUCCUUGAGAACUGUGAAAAAUUUAAACUUAGAAACAACUUUAAGAGAUCAUCAACAAGACGUUCUACUAAAGGACGUAUAUUCAGAGCAUUAAAAGUACGAAAAUCAAAGACUGGUGACAAUGAUGCUGGAAAAAAGAGAAGUACUGAGAAUAAACACAUUAAUUCUGAGGAAGACAGCAAUAUUAUUGUUAUACAGAUUAGUAAAAGCAUGAUUUUCACAAGUGAAAAAAAUUGUCAAAUUGAGAAACUGUUUGGUUUAAGUCUAGAAACUCAUUCAGAUGAAAAGACAUUAAUUGUUUCAGACUUCUUAGUGGAAGCAAAGGCUAUCUAUUUGCCUAAUGUAAAAAAAGGUUACCACUUAAUAAAAAUAAAUGGUGUUGAAAUCAAUUCUUUCAACAUUAAUAAAAUUUUAGAUAGAGUUUCUGAGGACCACUGUAAUCCUAAAUUGACUUUUAAAGUACCAGAUGAUGAAUUCUACAUAAAUAAAGAAAAGUUGUUGUCUUCAAAGACAGCACCAGGAAAUUCACUAAUACAGUUUUUGAGAGAGUCAAUGUGUGCAGUUUUGUACAUUUGCUGUAAUGAUAUAGAAUACCACAGCAAUGAUGAUAAGGGUGUAUUGUACUGUUAUCCAAGACCAUUUAAUCAAAACUUCUUGUACAAUACAAGGGGUGCUUAUGUUACUCUCAAUCAUUUGACUCCAAAAUCACUAGGUAUUAGUGAACCAAUUGCUUCAACAGUCCUAUAUAAUGGUUCUCUUAUAAAUGUAGCAUACAUUCCAUACUAUAGUGAUUUAUUAUUAUUGGCAUUUCCUAAUAAGCGAGUGGAUUUGUUUGCAACAAAUAAAGUAUGCAACAACAUUGUCAGAGUUUUAGAAUUUCUUUAUGGUUCACUUAAAUAUUGUUUUACUAAGCCCAAUAAUGUUGAUAAAUUAGACAAUCUCUUUUGUCUAAUGUUUCUUACAAUAUUAAGUAAGGAUGAGAAUUGCCGUGAUUGUGAUACUUCUAUGGGAAUUCGUUAUUUUGAAGACUUAUUGGCUGUUCACACAGCUACUCUACCCCUUGAAGUAAAAAUACAAGUUGAUGAUGCUAUCACAGAACUCGAGGCAGCUGAUUAUCGUGAAUGGACAGAUGAUAUUGAAAAUUUUCAAAGGUUGUAUACUGUCAUUGGUUCUUGUCUUUAUUAUUCUGGACAUCUAUUGAGUUCACAUUUGCAAAAUGAAGAUUUAAAAGAAAUCCAUGCAUAUUUAAAACUCACGGGUAUACUUGGGCUGAGUGUUGAAAAAGAACUGGAAAAGUUGGUUCUAUGGAAGGAAGUAUUUAUUAGUGAACAUAGAAUUAAACAUGAUGAGAAUGAAUAUAGAAUUCCUGAUGGCAGAUGGUUUCUGCUACUGGUUGGCAAAGGUCAAUUCUUGUUGGCGACAUUGAUGGAAGCGGGUGGAUGUACAGAAGAUGCUUUGGGUGUAACACCACCCUCACCUUUUUAUGUGGAAGAAUGUGAAAGUUGCCUGGAAUUACUUUAUGACGUUGGCCUUAAUAGAUAUUUGGCCUCGUGGUUCUCAUCAAACACUAUGCCUCAAGUAGAAACUUCACCAGAAUAUUUAACUAAAGUAGGAAAAAAAUUAAGGGAUGUUCAUAAUUUUAAAUCAGAUGUUUCUUUAAGAAGUUCAACAUUGAAACUACCCAAGUUUCAAUCGGACUUAAAAAAGCGUCAUAGUUCUUCAGAACAGAUAAAUGUUGGCUCAAGCACUAGUGACGGUAAUAUAUUCAAUUACGGAAGCAAUCACAGUCUGUAUAAUCAAUGGUACAGUGGUUCACAAAAGCAGUAUAGACAUUCCAGUUUAGAUGUUAGCUAUUCUGAAGAUUCCAAUAGCCUUAAGAGUAACAGUGAAAUGAGCGAUGAUCGUGUACAAGGAAGAAGAGCUGAUAGGGAACAACGAAAUCGAAGAGACUCCUCUGGGUCAGAUUCCGAUUGGGAUAAACAGGAUAGCAGUAGAGCAAGCAGUAAUAUUGACGUAUCCGAUAUCAGAAAAUCCUUGUUAAAUGAUAUAGACCAAGUUACAACCCAUAGGAUAACCGCAGGUGAUGAUAAUGUUUUGUUCCAUUUUAUGCAGUUGGAAUCGACAACCGGAAUCCUUAUUGCACCCGUGAAAAACAUAGAAACACAAGCUAAUAACAAAUUGUAUUCGUACAUACUUAAGACUUUUAGAUCUGCUUGUCAAAGAAUACAUGAAUUACUACAGCAUAGUAUAAGAUUUAAAACAAAUCAGGUUUCAUCAACUCCACUUAAUAAAAUACUUAUUGCGGUUAAGGAAUAUGGUAUGCUGUUUCAAGUUCCACAAAGUAUUAUGAGUAAAUGCGGUCUUAAGAAAAAUAUGGAUCCAUUUCAAUUUUGGGUUGUCGGACGUGUAUUCAGUGAACCAGAGCCAAGAGAAUUAUACAUUUGCUACCAUGAAUCUGUACCUCAAGAUCUCUGUGAAGUUGCGUAUUUACUUUCUUAUCUGGAAUAAAUUUUGGUUAAUAUUAUAAGAUAAUAUUAUUC